GAAGCGAAACCAGGCGAAAUGGCUCCGAUUGGUGGCGUGUGGGCGCGCCUACGCAGUUGGCAUCGUUCCGGCUCCAGAACAUGAGGUGAUGCGUUCAUAUCCAGGCAGGCAACAAUGAAAUGCGGCAACUUGAAAUGGCAAGUGACAUCGAUAAAAUGUCAGAUUGCCGACAAAUUUACUCAGAGGCACCCAAACUUAGGUUCCCCUCUGUGCAGCGAGUCCGCGCAACUGUGGGUAUGUGGCAUAAACAUUGUUGAAAGCGAUGUAGAAGAAGAAGGAGCUAGGUAGGUAUAGUUCCCUGGCGCAUCAUAUGAAGAGCGGUUUAUCAUCUCACUCAAUGAAGAGAACCCGUUUUCAGACGCAUGUUCCGGCGUUGUCGCGAUGAGCAGUCUCGAUUCUGCAUAGCGCGGUAAACUCGCCGCUCUUGCGAUGGCGUCGACGGCGCCGGAGCGCAAACGGCGCGACGGCGACUCUUCGUCGACGUCGCCAAGUAGCAGUAGCACUUCGGACAGCACGUCGACGACCGUGUUCGACGUGACCAAGGCCGUUUUCACGACGACGACCACAACGUCGGAAGAGGACGACAGCGGCCGUCAGGUUGUGCAGGCAUCCAGCUCCGAAAUUGCAGUGAAUGUGCAGCAGCAGGGCCCCGCAGUUUCGGGCAUCACCUCUCAGACGCUUCAGGGACCGACAGGGUUCAACGUGAUUUUGCCCAUGGGGCGCUCUGUGCCAGUUGUGUUCACCGACCAGGGAAUUUGUAUUGCUGGCUACAAUGCUCCCGUCGCUGUGACGGAAACCGAAGACGAGGUGACAACCACCACGACCACUACCGAGCAGCAGCAGGCACAAGACACUUCUGUAGCUGGCAUCUUCCAGUUGCUCCCUGCCGGGUCAUACGUGCCUACAUUUGUCAACAUGGGCCAACUAGAUAACGAGGACGAAGAGUGCGAUGAGGAGGAGAAGCCUGUGGAAGAAUAUGAUGACGAGGGACCCGGAGGAGAGGAAGAUGCAAAACCAGCCAUUCGCAUCGUCGAGGCUGCAGUCCACAAGGAGGAGACGUUCGUCAAUUUGGGGCCGUUGCAGGGAGAGACGGUGGGCACCGCUGGCUGGCCACAACAAGCACCACCACUGACCUUGCCCCCAACUUUAAUGAUGCCACCACCGAUGUCGCCACCCAUGCUGCAACCAAUGUAUGCCGGUAUGCAGGCGGGACAGGCCUACAUGCCGCAACAGUAUGGCAUGCUUCCACCUUUUGGGUGGCAAGCGCAGAUGAUGCAGAGUCAGGAUCAAGCUCAUGUUUACGGGCAGCCCUUUGGCAUGCCACCGCAGUGGCCGGCGUACCAGCCGUUCUGGCCAGGAAUGCAGUGGCAGACAGGACAGUCACAGUGGAUGCAGGGUCCGUACAUGCCAGAAGGCUCCCAAAUGAUGCAGCAGCAGCAGCAGCAGCAGCAGUGGAAUGAACAGCAGCCCCAACAGGAGCUUAUGACAGAAGAGCUGCAGCAAGAGAUUCUGGUGUCGCGCAGAAGAGGUCAAACACCGUCACGUUUGUCGAGGAAGAUUCGCAGCGUGUCUUUACCUUGCCGAAUAUCCCUGGAGGAUUUCCCUUCGCAAACGACAUCUCUGACGGAAGUCGAGGUGCGAGCGCGUGCUAGCCCACGUCCUUGCACAGUCCAUAGGGUGCUGUCCACACAGGCCUCUCUGCAACGUACUACGCCAGCAUCCAGGUGUGUAAGUGUAGAAUCGGUGACGCAUGUGGAAAGUGCUGGCAAGUUGGCCAAGGGAGAGGAUGGAAGCCAGGUCACCCAGGUGGUACACGUGUUAUCUGACCAGCUGAAUGCAGAAGGUACACCGAUUACCCAGACAACAUUGGGAACAGAGACCUGUCCAACAGUUCAGGAGCUUUGGAGUAAGGAGGCACAGCUUGGCCGUGAUGCAACCCAUGUGCAUGCUGAUGCUCCCUGCAUGACAUAUGGAACACAAACUGUGCAUGCUAUGACGGGGCCAGCUGAAGUUGCAUUUGGCCAGGAAACUUCCGAGCCAGCUUGCAGGUUUCCCUGCCCGCUAACUGCCAGAGUUCGCAGCGAUACGGUAGACGUACAAAUUAUGGAAGAAGCCACUGAAGUGAAUAGUAAGGCACGUGGAGUGCAAGCGACUCAAGAACAUGAACCACCACGUGCAGCGGCCGGAACGCUUGUUUUCCAAGAACAUACAGAAGCACCGCAGCCUGUUGUCGCUGUGCAAAUUGUUCGGCAGCCGACUGUGCCACCACACAUAGCAGUCGAGGUGCAGGCGGGUGGAGGAGCAGUCGAGCCAGGCCACCUGGUUUCUAGGAUGCACACCGUGCAGCAGCAUGAAGAACCACCUUCUGUGGCAUUUGGUGUACAGACAAGGGAGCACCAUGACACUUUUGCGGUGACUAAGCUAAUAGCUCUCAAUACGCUCGUUUCAGAUCCCCACGUAACAUUGGCUAUGCAGACCACAAACGUCUCCUCGCAAGAGAUGCUAGUGGGGCAAACCCUCAAAGCACAGUGUGGGCCUCGGGGAGCUCAGGUGUCCUCGGUAAUCGGUGCUUCUGGAAGAGCUUGUACAGACGGAACGACACAGAUUUCGACGAGCCCACUGCAUGUGCGCAUAACUAAAGUGCCGUACAUACACACGGAAAGCCAGGCAGUUCAAACGUUGUCUCUUGAAUCUGUGGCCCCAGUGCCUCGUCAUGCCGCUCAGACAAUUUCAGUUGGGCAACAAUGUGAAGGGAUUCAGACUGAAAUGCUCAUCGAUUCGACUGCUGUUUCUCCGGUAAUUGGCUUGAAUCCUCCGCAGCAGCGUGAUUUCAGUGCGCAGCAUGAAGGUGUUUUUCGGGAUCCUCAGUUGCCAUCAGCGCUGCGCGAAAGACCACAUUGUGAUAUUGAGGUGCAGUGUGACUAUGAGCCCUUUGUCCAGGCUACAGCAAACAUCACUGCAGUGAAAGUAGAACAGAAGUAUGAGCACGUUGAUGGGCAUCGAGAAGCCUUUGUUCAGUGCAAUUAUGAACCUCUUGAUGGAGCAGCUACACACGUGACAACACCUCCAAGGCCCUCACUUGACGCUGAAGUGCAAUUUGGGCAUGAUCCUGUUAAGGACUUCGCAAAUUACGUUCAACCUCCUGUGCAGCCGGUGCAUGACUUUGGGGCACAAUGCGUAUAUGAGCCUGAGAGAGUGCUCGCAAGGACCGCUUUCAGAGUCCAAAGCAGAACUAUGCAUGAUUUUGAGCAGCAACACGAUUAUGGUGCGGUGGGCCGGGCUGCAAGAAAUGUUUACAUGCCUCAGGAAAUGCCUGUGAAAGAUGCUGAACAGCAGCACGUUUAUGAACAGAAAAACUGGGGUGCCAAAGUGACCUAUGGUGCCAAAAGUGUGCCAAUGCGAGACUUUGGAAUGCAGCACGACAUUUCCGUUGCGAUGUCUCCACCACCUAUGGCAGCAGGCGUCUUGUACGGAAUGGUAGACAUGGCCGUCGGUGAUGGUAGGCCACACGAUGUUGGGGAAGGCCAACACAGGUUUCUGCGGAGACCCGUGUCUCGUGUACACUCGGGGCCGUCCUUGAGUAGCUGCGCGUCUUCUGUUUUUAUGUUCGGCAACUUGGAGGGCCCUCAUAUGGCGAGUGCCGGCACCCAAGCCGGUGAAACCGGUCAUCACCGUCCAUCGCCGACGUUUGCCGUCUCGGCUCCGAGAUCAGAGACGGCCUUGUACCCGUGCGUAGCGAUCUGCUCAAGGAACACGGUGAACCAUCCCUGCAUGGUGAAUGUAAGCAGCUAUCCGGGGCGCCUGUCCCAAGCGGCUCAGAUGAGGGAUGCAGUCUUUCAGACGGAGGAACCAGUUGCCGUGAGAGCUCCUCACCGCAACAGAGACUUUGUAGACGGGGACCUCGUAGACUCGAGAUCUCAGUCACCCUCUAGGGAACCUGCCACAAGGACACCACUCAGAGAAACUGCCGUACAGACCUUUGCGGGGUCACCAGCAUCGCGUACGGUGUCACCGCCCUCAUCGCCUUCGUACUGUCCUGGUCCGUUCGAAAUGACCCCGCUGAGCUCCUCGCCAUGCACCUCGCCCGGUCGUGAUGCAGGUCUCCAGACGGAUGGGUUUGCCGAUGUCCGUAGAAGUCCACCCGGAGGGCCCUUCCGACACGACGAGUUUACUGGGCAAGUUUCCGGGGCAACUAGAAGUCUCGUGCAUGACAUAAUGAUUCAGGCAAGCACUGGGGCACCGGCUGCCAGUGGUGCCUGGGGUUCCUCGGUACCUCGGCCCACCAGCGCUGCACCUGUGACUGAAGUCUACCCGUGCGGCCAUUUGCCCAAUGUGUUGCAGAUGAGGGACAUCCCUCCAAGCCCACCCCCACUUUCGCCGCCUCCGCAUUCGCCACCUUUGUGCCCCUGUUUGGCAGGCCACGGUUGGGCCCCCGUUGUAGUGGAGCACAAGGUUGGCAUCGGCGGAAAGUUAGCGCAGCUCCUGAUGCUGAGGAAGCAGCAGGGCUUGGCUCCCGAGCAGCAAGGCAUGACUCCUGAGCAGCCUGACGUCGAAGACAAGGGCACCUCUGAGGGGCCUUACGUGGGACCUGACGGUGAGCAGGACUACGGAGACAAAGGCAGUUCGCGGGCAGAACAGUAUUCAGGGGAAGGUGACUACUUGGAAACCGGUGCGGUCCUUGGGGCUGCUGGUCUUGUGGAAGAUGGCUCGGCUGUCCCCGGUGCAGCCAGGAGGUCAUCUAUUGAAACAACUAGCAAUGUGACGAGAUCAACUAAGGUGGCUGCCAUACUACCUGAGGUUACUGUGGCCUGCUUCCUUCUGGCGUUACUUCUGGUACUGGUUGCUUCCGCCGCUCUUCUUUCUUGGACAACGCGUCGACAUGCGCGUAAGUUGAAGGCCAUUGAUCCUUUGAAGUUUGUUUAG